AUGUGGGCUCUUGAGUGCGAAGGCGAUUUAUUCGGUGGCAAGCAAUUAUGGCUUCGCCCAGGCAAGAAGUUCUUGUUCGGCAGGACGAGCGGUGGCGAGGAGUUGCAGUAUAUCCUCUCCGAUAAGACCGUUUCGAAACAGCAUCUCAUGGUUACUAUUGAUGAGGUGAAGGAAAGCGAUUAUACAGACUCGCGGGCUCGGUCGUGUAUUACGUUGAAAGACAUGAAUACUAAGAUUGGUACAAUCAUCAAUGGAGAGAAGAUCCGGGGUGAAAGUCGGGUGCUUGAUAGGGUGGACAAUGAGGUGCGGUUGGGAAGAUAUCCGCAUCUUUUUCGCUUUGCUUGGAUCCCAGUGUGUCUGUCGUUUAUGUUUACGAAAAGCGAACUGAAAUCGGAUCCCUACACCUCUCUAUUCGAGAACUUCGGACCUCUCGAUAUCAAAAUCCUUCUUGACUACGAUCGCGAAAGUACGACGCAUUAUGUCGCGAAGAAGCGGAAUACAUCAAAGGGACUCCGAGCGCUAAUAGACGGGAAAUACAUUGUGUAUAAUGAUACAUUUAUCCCAGCUCUUAUCAAGGCUACCACACCGAACGAAAAUGGAAUUGUGCCUAUUGAGGAUGACUUCAAGAACUUUCCGGAUCCAUUGCAUUUUCUUCCUCCGAGAGGCGCGGAAUUGACCGAUCGUGACGCUACGGCUUACUCUCCGGAUGAUCGACGACGAGAUAUGUUCGAUGGUUAUACAUUCAUAUUUUAUGAUGAGACGCAGUACGAAAACCUAUCGACAACGAUUUUUGCCGGCAAAGGCAAGGCUCUUCAUCAACGAGUAGUUCCUGAAGAGACCAGUGUGCUUGAUUUUGUUCGCUACGUCAAAAAUGUGGCAGGCGAGAAAGGCUUAGGGGAGUUCGAGGAUGGUAGUGAAGGCAAAGGGGUGGUUGUCGUUAAAUAUGAACCACAGAAAGGAGUUCACAUUGCGUGGCACAAUCAAUUUGCUGUGGAUGUUGCGCUAUCGUUGGACCAGCGUUUGGUUGGUCAAGGCGAAUUCUUAGAUGUCAUUCUUGGAUGCGAUCCAAGCGUGUUACGGCGAGCUCUGGAGGAAUCUCCUCCCAGUACUAUGGCUUCUCAUGCUCCUCCCGCAGCACAGCCUGUUCAGCCUUCACAAGCUACUCCACCCGAAGCACCAGCUGAGUCGAUAUCUCAACCUGCUAGGAAAGGUAGGGGUCGUCGAGCUGCUGUACCUGUCUUUAAAGGAUUUGAAGACGACGAAUGGGCUACUCCUGCGGUAAAACUUAACUCAAUCCCCGAAUCAAAUUCAAUGGAUAUAGAUCAUGCCCCAGCACCCGAAUCGCAAUCACUAUUCGUCUCUCAACAGGAACCGAGUAUUGAUGUUGAUAGAGAUGUUUCGGAACCACCCGUUGCCCAACCAAGAAUGUCAAGGAAGAGAGCAGCUCCUCUUAUUGAUGAUCAAGAAUUGAUAAACACUCUAGCCCCUAACGCCGCAAGACUCAAGAAGCGUCGAUUAGAAGAAGCCGCAGAACGAAGAAGUAGAGGAGAAUCUACACAGCCAUCUCGACCUGCGCCAGAGCCAGUAAAGGAAAAGACACCUGAACCCGAGCCCGAACCGAAAGCAAAACCUAAAAGACGUACUAGAAAAGAGAUGGAUAGUGCAGCAGCUUUGAUAGAUGCGCGAAAUGCAGAAGAUGCUGACGAAGCCGAGUUGCACGAGCCAGACGUUAUAGACUACUCAAGCAUAGACGUCGACGCCGUCCGCAACGCAAUCGAGGUCUUCGAGAUAGCCGUCACCCGUAAACCAUCCACCCGUCGUGCAGCUCAAGCAGAUGAAUCCGAUCGAUGGAACGAUAAAUGGAAUGGCCGAAAAGACUUCAAAAAGUUUCGACGUCAAGGAGCAGCGCCGAAAAGGGAUCACGGGAGAGUCAUUGUACCCCUGGAGGAAGCGAAGAAGAAGGACUACGGACUUGGCGAUGAAUACUGGGGUGAAGAUCCCAUCACGAACGAAAGCCAACGCGCCAGCAAGAAAACCCGUAAAGACAAAGCAGUGGUUGAAGAGGUCCAGCAAAACGACUCCUCAGAUUCCGACGCCCUGGAAUCUAACCACCGUCGUCGUCCCCGCCCGAAAUUAAUCUCAGGAAACCAAUCCGAAGACGACGCCAUCGUCAUCCCCUCCUCGGACGUGGAAAUCGAACAAGAUCCCAGGCUCACGUUUGCGAGAAAGGAUACGACAACGCAGGGGACGACGCAAUCGUCGAGUUUAAAUGAUAAGACGGCUGCGACAAGGAAUAUUCCUGCGAAGGGAACGAAGAGGUCAGCGGAGAAGGAGGCGGCUAAACCGCCGCCGAAGAGGGUUAAGCAGACGACGUUGGAUGUUGGGGGUAGAGCGAGGGGGAGGAGGACGGUGGAGGAUAGUGAGGAUAGUGAUGAUAUGGGGUUUGGGUUUCGGAGACGGAGGUAG